CAGCUUCAGCAGGAGUGAUAUUCACGGUGCUCGAGAUUCUCGUGCCCCUCUACCUUUACCUGUCGUGGCUUUUGCUCUACAACUUAAAUUAAGUCGCCCAAGUUUUCAUGUCCAGAAAUCUCAACAAUUCGAGUCGAUAACCCGCAAGUCCUCGCCUGCAUUUGCUUUAUAUCCUUAGCUUAUGGCAUAGCUUUUGCAGACACCCAAAGAGCGCCGUGAAUCUAACUCAUUAUGGCCGAGUCCGACAAGUACGAGGUGCUGGAGAAGAUCGGCCAUGGCUCCUUUGGAAUCAUCCGAAAAGUCCGAAGGAAGACGGACGGCAUGGUGCUUUGUCGCAAGGAAAUCAGUUACCUCAAGAUGUCGCAGAAGGAGCGCGAGCAACUCCACGCCGAAUUCCAGAUCCUGUCCACUUUAAGACAUCCCAACAUCGUCGGAUACUACCACCGGGAACACUUGAAGCUGUCGCAGGAUCUGCACCUAUACAUGGAAUACUGUGGCAAUGGUGACCUUGGUCGAGUGAUUCGAGAUCUCUCGCUGAAAAACCAGUAUGCCGACGAGGCGUUCGUCUGGAGUAUAUUUGCGCAGCUUGUUACUGCAUUGUAUCGAUGUCACUAUGGCGUUGAUCCGCCUGAGGUUGGCAAAGACGUUCUGGGACUUGGUCCAAUCGCAAGGCCUAAAGCACCUACUGGAGGCAUGACAAUCCUCCAUCGCGACUUGAAACCUGAGAAUGUCUUCCUCGGUGAGGACAACUCUGUCAAGCUAGGUGAUUUUGGUCUGUCCAAGAUGAUCCAGUCGCAUGACUUUGCCUCCACAUACGUCGGCACCCCGUUUUACAUGUCCCCCGAAAUCUGCGCCGCAGAGAAGUACACACUGAAGUCCGACAUCUGGUCAUUAGGCUGCAUCAUAUAUGAGCUUUGUACCCGAGAGCCACCCUUCAACGCCAAGUCGCAUUUCCAACUCGUCCAGAAGAUCAAGGAGGGAAAGAUCACGAGGUUGCCCAACUUCUACUCGCCAGACCUCAUGAACGCUAUCCGAGACUGCCUGAGCGUGAACCCAGACCGCCGGCCAGACACAGCAGCAUUGCUGAACCUGCCGGCUGUGAGGCUGAUGCGGAAGGAGAAGGAGGUGGUGGAGUUGAGCAAGAUGCUCCGGGCGAAAGAGGAUGCGCUCGACAAGAAGCUCAAAGGCCUGGAGUCAGAAAGAACCUACAUGCGACAAGAAGUCGAGUCCUCGCUCCGAAGGGAAUGGGAGGUCAAGGCACGCCUGGAAAUUGAUCGUCUCGUCAACGAAGAGAUUGAGGCACUUCAGCAGCGCUUCGAGGCCGAAGUGUCAGCACGAGUGCAGGAGGAGCUCCAGAAGAAGACCGUCAGCUUCGGCCCCAUCGAAACGCAAGAGUUCACGUCAUCCUUAUCCAAGUCCGAUUACCCGCACUCGAUCGGCGGGACAAGCACAGAUGCGGACGGUGAAUUUCCAUCUACCACUGACCUCACUGAGCUUUCUAUCGAUUCGCCGGAACCCUCUGAGAUCGUGAAGAAGAGCGCAAGGACACCCUUUGGUCGAGCCCAAACCAUGUUUGCUGGCGCCAUUGGCACGCCGAUGGAUAUUGAGAUGUGCUCGCCAUCUCCCAUCCCCCUCGCAGCUCUGUCCCUAUCACCUCGUCGUAAUGCUGGUGCCAAGGCCCCAACGAACAAUAACCGUGAUAUCUUCACGAGUGCCGAUGUCGAGAAGUAUCGCGAUUCCGAUCCGGUCGUAUCCGAAUCGGAAGAUGAUGAUGAACUGCCACUGCCAUCCCCUUCGCGGAAUACCAAAUCAGCUAAAAACCCCUUCGGCACCAAGCGUCCAAAUCUGACGACGACCAAAACCGCUCCCAUGGGGCGCCUUAGGAGCCAACCCUCAAUGAACCUGAACAAGCCUAUACCCUCUCUGCCUCCGAUGGCCUCUGUUCCCGACUUGCAACCACGACAUCAGUCCAGCAACGGCGCCCUUCGAGAGCGAAGCAGCUCUCCCAACAGACGUUUGAGCAAGAUCCCCUCGGCGGCGAAUUUGACGGCUGCGAACUUGACUGCAGAGAAUAGUCUGGGGCGCAAGCCUUCUGUUAACAACAAGAAGGACUCCGAGCCACCGACACUCAAAAACGUGGCUACCAAGAACAACAUCAAAGGCCGCACCUUGGUCGAGUUACAGCAAGCUAGAGCCGGCGGUCGCCCGGUCGAGAACGCCAAUGUUAGCCCCAAGCGUGCGUUCAAGGACCGGAUGGCGGACCGCAGCAGCGAGCCACCUGCAGUUUGGGACCCCGAAAAGGACGAGAUGCCGAGCCCCUUCCUUGUGCGACGAAAGCAAAUAAUGAAAGUUUGAGGCGGACAGUGUCUCGCUGUCCCCCCAAAUCUUGUGUACAUGAAACCCUUGAGAUACUGCGCAGUUAUUGAUCCCCACUGCCUCACAAUACCGUUCCCUUUGUCACUGCUGGUUUGGUA